AUGCUUGCUCGGACGGCUCUUCUUGGUCUGCUGUGGACAGGGUCAGCUUUGUGUCACAAGCCCCAGGAACUCGGUGACGAAGAAAGGAUCUCUCGGUGGAAGGGAGGGUACAGUUUCCAGGGCAUCCAAACCUUUGCCCACCUGCCUCACACGCAAUGUCUUGUCGAGCAGGACGCAGGUUUUGACCUCGCGAUAAUCGGAGUACCUUUCGACACAUCGGUUGCGUAUCGCCCAGGCGCCCGAUUUGGACCGAGGGCGAUCCGAAGUGCAAGUCAGCGGCAGAUACCAGCUCGAGGCUUCAACCAUGCCCAAGGCUUAAACCCGUAUCAGAACUGGGCCACCGUCCUCGACUGCGGAGACAUCCCCGUAACGCCCUUCGACAAUGCAGUGGCGUUCGAGCAGAUGACAGAGGCUUAUCGAGACCUUCUUCGCCGACCAGCCAAGACGCAACCCAAAGCCGCGACGCCCAAGACUCUAGGCAAGGAUAACAUAUACCAUCCACGGCUGGUUACGCUCGGAGGUGACCAUUCAGUGGCACUGCCGGCAUUGAGGGCUCUCCAUGAGAUAUACGGUCCCGUCAGCGUGCUGCACUUUGAUUCCCAUCUCGACACAUGGAAUCCGUCGUCAUUAGCCGGAGCGUGGGCUUCGGAGCAGUCGAACUACAACCACGGCUCGAUGUUCUGGAUUGCGCACAAUGAAGGACUCAUCGCGAAGGAUGGCAACAUACACGCCGGUCUGCGUACGCGCAUUUUCGGGGACGACUACGGCGAUUAUGCCGAAGACGCCAAGCAGAACUUCCAGUAUAUCGAGACUGAAGAGCCCGGCCUUGCACCAGGAACUGGAUGUCCAGAACCAGGCGGCUGGACAACUAGAGAGCUCAAAGCCAUGCUGAGAGGUCUUGAGAAGUUGAAUAUCGUUGGCGCAGAUGUUGUAGAGGUGGCGCCGCCAUAUGAUGAUGCCGGAGAGUCAACAGCCUGGGCUGCAGCAGACCUGGCUUAUGAAUUGCUGGGAUUGAUGGUCGCGAAUCCGCCAUAUCCUGUUGACGGAUACGUCGCAAAGAAGAAGUUCGCACGCAAGUGGCAUGAAGCAGUGCCGAGGAAGGAUGAGCUUUGA